GGGGGGGUGGGUGGAGUGGAGAGGUCACCCGGCGGGUCAGGAGAAAUCUGAUAUCCGACAUGGAUACCAUCAUCAUCCAGAAGCGAUUGGUGGAGCGACUCCUCUCUCCUCGGAGUGGAUCAGAAAGAUGCCAGCGUACAAGGCUGAAGGACGUGGAAAAAGAAUAUGUGGGAUUCGCCACACUGCCCAACCAGGUCCAUCGCAAAUCAGUGAAGAAAGGAUUUGACUUCACGCUAAUGGUAGCAGGAGAGUCAGGGCUGGGGAAAUCUACUUUGGUAAAGAGUCUCUUCCUUACAGAUCUUUACAAAGACAGGAAACUUCUCAAUGCUGAAGAGAGGAUCAACCAAACAGUGGAGAUUAUAAAACACACAGUGGACAUUGAAGAGAAAGGUGUCAAACUAAAGUUGACGAUAGUUGAUACACCUGGAUUUGGAGAUGCAGUGAACAACAUACAAAGCUGGAAGCCCAUAGCAGACUACAUUGACCAACAGUUUGAGCAGUAUUUCCGAGACGAGAGUGGCCUAAACCGGAAGAACAUUCAGGACAACCGUGUCCACUGCUGCCUGUAUUUUAUCUCUCCCUACGGACACGGGCUGCGGCCACUGGACACGGAGUUUAUGAAGGCGUUACAUCAGAAAGUGAACAUUGUACCGGUGAUUGCAAAAGCGGACUCGCUCACUCCCAUCGAGGUGAAGAAACUCAAGGAGAGGAUUAGAGAUGAAAUUGAACAAUACGGAAUUAAAAUAUAUCAAUUUCCAGAGUGUGACUCUGAUGAAGAUGAUGAGUUUAAAAAGCAAGAUAAAGAAUUAAAGGAGAGCAUUCCAUUUGCAGUUAUCGGCAGCAACACAGUGGUGGAGGCUCGUGGUCAGAGGGUCCGUGGGCGACUGUAUCCAUGGGGCAUUGUAGAAGUGGAGAACCAGGCACACUGUGACUUUGUGAAACUGCGGAACAUGCUGAUCCGAACGCACAUGCAGGAUCUGAAGGAUGUGACCUGGGACGUUCACUAUGAGAACUUCAGAGCUAGAUGCAUCCAGGAAAUGACCAGUAAGUUAACCCAGGACAACCGAGCAGAAAGUCCUCUCCCCAUCCUACCAGUGCCAACUCCGGAUGCAGAGACAGAGAAACUGAUCAAAAUGAAAGAUGAAGAGCUCCGGCGAAUGCAGGAAAUGUUGCAACGAAUGCAACAGCAAAUGCAAGACCAGUGAGUGAUGGACUGAAACUGAGCAAAGAACAAAGACUCACCUCUUCAGCCAAAUCUGACAGGAAUGAGGAAGGCGACACCAGACACAGGGCAAGCCCAUGGGGGAAAUGCACUGUACAGAACGUGUCACGUGUUUCCUGUUAUACUCUAGAGACAGCUCAAGGGUCACCUUGUGUCUGGCCUACCUGUAUAGUGCCACCAUAUAAUUUACAUAUCCUGCUUGUUUGUUUGGGUUUGUAUUUAAUAUCUUGUCAGUACAAUUUAAGAACAUUCAGAGGCAUAUCUGCAUUGGAAUGCUUAUGUGGAAAAUAUUCUUUACUAAUAAAUGUUUUCAAAUGGG